ACGACGGCGCGACAGCUCUGCGAGACGCUGGUGCAGAGAACACGGGCACUGCAGCACCACAGCUGGGCCCUGGUAGAGCUACACCAGCACCUGGCGCUGGAGAGGUGCCUGGAGGACCACGAGUCGGUGCUGGAGGUGCAGAGCUCCUGGGCCCCCGGCGCCAACAGCCGCUUCGUCUUCCGCAAGAACUUCGCCAAGUACGAGCUCUUCAAGAGCAACGCGCAGUCCCUCUUCCCCGAGGUGAUGGUAUCCAGCUGCCUGGAGGCAAAUAAGAACAUGGCACACUCAGAGCUCAUCCAGAACUUCCUCAAUUCGGGCAGCUGCCCAGAGGUCCAGGGCUUCCUGCAGCUGCGGGAGGCCGGGCGCAAGGUCUGGAAGCGUUUCUACUUCUCCCUGCGCCGCUCGGGGCUCUACUACUCCACCAAGGGCACCUCCAAGGACCCCCGGCACCUCCAGUACUUUGCUGACCUCACUGAGUCCAACAUCUACUACGUGACGCAGGGCAAGAAGCACUACGGGACACCCACUGAAUUCGGCUUCUGCAUCAAGCCCUACAAGGUGCGGAGCGGCGUGAAGGGCCUGAAGCUGCUCUGCAGUGAGGAUGAGCAGAGCCGGAGCUGCUGGAUGGCAGCUUUCCGCCUCUUCAAGGUGGGCUCCGACCCCGCCGGAGGGGGGGGCGACCGCAACCCCAAGGCCUUCGUCCGGUCCCUGUGCCACCUGCAGCGAGUCAAACACUAUCUCAUCCUGCCCAGCGAGGAGGAGGGACGGCUCUACUUCACCAUGGACGACGGGCAGACCCGCUUCGCCGACCUGAUCCAGCUCGUGGAGUUCCACCAGAUCAACCGCGGGAUCCUGCCCUGCAAGCUGCGCCACUACUGCACCUGCGUGGCCCUCUGA